AUGCGCCAGGUCGCCGGUGGAACCAGCAUAAUCCACAAGACUUUGGAUGCCCUGCGACCGCCUUCUGUUGGCACCACCCUGCUGCUUGACAUUACUGGAUUUGAUGGCUUUGCUUGUCUGGAACAAUCAGCAGGAAAUCGGGUGAUGUGCGCUUCAGUGCUUUUGGAUGCACCUAGUGUGGAUGAACUCACCUCCCGAGUGGCGAACAGUGUGCACAAUGCCUGCAGAUCCGGGCAGUUGGAGCUGCCAGGGUUUCCGGAUUAUGGUCCGGUGCUUGCAGCUUUGAAGGGUGGAGCUACUGAAACAGUCCACAAAGACUACAAGGUGUGCUCUGUGGUCAACUCCAGCCAGCUUGCGGUAUUACAAGUGUAUGCUCAGCGUUGGCUCGACGAAGAGCUGACCAAGGAACAGGCUACGCGGAUCAUCACCGACCAUAAUGCCAAGUUCAACCCUGACGGCGACUUUCUUCAAGGUGAAGUCAAGACUGAGCCGACCGCCGAUGAAGCGCCGGCCAAAAAGAUCAAGCUUGAAGAUGGGGACACCUGCACGGAGCAGCAAUCUCCCAACUGGUCAGCCCGUGACUUCUUACUGGCUGAAGCUACAGAAUGUAUGCAGGAUAGCGCUGGCCGAUGGGUCAAGUUUGUCGCUGCAAUGGACAUGUUGGUCCUCAUUGAGCGCAAGGACUUGCCUGAACAUUUGAUGAAAUGUCCUUCGGUGGAGCGCCCAGUGAUGCUGAAGAAGAUCCUCCUUGAAUUGGAAGACAAUGGGGAGGUGGCUUUGAAGAUGAGCCAUCACGUUUUCACCGGCACAGGUGAGCAAAAGGUUCUACAGGCUGACAAACCCUUGUGCUUUCUCCUGGACGAGCGGAAGGAGCAAGAGGGUGAUGAGAAGAAGGGAAAGAAGAAAAAAGGAAAGAAGAAACAAAAGCAGGAUCAAUCCCCUACGUUCAAGAACUUUGGCGCCCUGCUAAACUUAGCGAAGCUCAAGGGCAACUCGAAGCUAGUGAUUGGCUGGCGGAUGAGGCCUAGUUGGUGA